UCACCACAUUUCAAAUAAAUUGACUCUGUAACAUAUUAUAUAACCUUAACUACUUACUAUAUCUCCGGACUUAUUUGCUACACUCAUGAAACUCGCCGCUAAAACAAGUCAAAUACUCAACGUGCAUCCCACACUCAUUUUUCUAUAUACAUCUCGUUGAUCACCCCUACAAAUAAUCAAAACCAUCAAGAAUUCAGCUGUUUAGUUCUCCAACAUUACACAUUUUAUCACAACUUUCACACAAAUUCAAUGCAAAAACCUCAAUCACCUUCACCAAGAUACUCCCCUGCACCAAAUGUCUCACUCCAACAAUCUCCUCAUCACAAAAAGAAGCCCUCCAAAUCCACCAAGAUCUUUCGACAAGUUCGAUCCGUUUUUCGCUCAUUUCCCAUCAUAACUCCCACGGCAUGUAAGUUCCCCGUGUCCCUCAACCAUCACCACGAUCACAAUCACAUCCACGGAGGCACGAGGAUGACGGGAACACUUUUUGGGUACCGAAAGUCGAGGAUAAACCUCGCCAUCCAGGAGAAUCCGAGAUGCGUUCCCAUGCUUAUACUAGAACUUGCUAUUCUUACUGGAAAACUUCUGCAGGACAUGGGGCAGGGGCUGGUGAGGAUCGCGUUGGAGUGUGAGAAGCGGAGUGAUGGAGGCAAGACUCAGCUCAUUGAUGAGCCGAUAUGGACGUUGUUUUGUAAUGGAAAGAAAACAGGGUAUGGAGUGAAGAGAGAAGCGACGGAUGAGGACUUGAAUGUGAUGCAGUUGUUGCAUGCUAUGUCGAUUGGUGCUGGAGUGCUGCCUAGCGAGGCGACUGAUGCAGGGGAUGGGGAAUUGACGUAUAUGCGUGCAAACUUUGAACGUGUGACGGGAUCGAAAGAUUCAGAGACUUAUUAUAUGAUGAAUCCUGAUGGAAAUAGUGGAGCGGAGCUUAGUAUUUUCUUUGUGAGGAUUUGAUUUGAUUUCAUUUUAUUGCUUUUUCUUUUAGGUUCUUGCAUUUAAGUACUGUAGUUGAGGAAUUGGUUUCAGAUUGUUUUGUUUAGUUGGACAUGUAUGGCAGCAUAAGUUUCAGUAUUAUGUGAAUGUUUAAGCCUGUAAGUAUGUACUAUCUGGCAUCUGCUGUCGAUUAUUAUGUUAUAUGUUCGGCUAUGUAACCAAA